CAAAGAGCUCAACUGUCUGCCUGCGCUCCACAUUCUCGCCAAGGAUUAAGCAAACACCCCAAAUUCAAACUCAGUAGGCGGUGCAUGUCAGGAAAAAAGCAAUCUCUCAUUUGGUCAGGUAUAAGCUGGCUCACUUGUUCAGCUCAGAGGCUAUUCAUAAAAAUCUUUCUUCCCUGCCACAAAUAGGCAGAGAGCUACAUCAGCUGAAUCGUUAGAUUCAUACAAUCUCUGUCCCCUGACGCCCAUGGCUUUCCUGCUGCACUUGGAGAGGCCAUGGUUGCUGUGCGGUUUGUUCUUAGGUUGCCUGAACCUUCUUUGGCCUCCCAAAGCUGAAGCGCAAUUCCCUCGGGCUUGUAUGACAGUGGAGAUGCUUCAGUCCAAGCAGUGCUGCCCAGUCUUGGGGUCUGAUCCUGACAACGUGUGUGGUUCAAAGCAAGGUAGGGGUGAUUGUAAAGAGGUGCAGGUGGACACAAAACCCUGGAGUGGCCCCUACACUCUCCGCAAUGUGGAUGACCGGGAACGAUGGCCACUGAAGUUCUUCAAUAGAAGUUGCCAGUGCACAGGAAAUUUUGCUGGCUAUAACUGUGGAGACUGCAAAUUUGGCUGGAAGGGGCCUAACUGUGAUGAAAAGAAGCCCUUGGUUGUCCGGAAGAAUAUCCAUGCUUUGACUGAGGAAGAGCGAGAACAAUUCUUGGAUACUCUAAACCAGGCCAAGACAACUGUCCAUCCAGAUUAUGUGAUUGCUACUGAGCACUGGUUGAGUCUGCUUGGUCCUACUGGAAAUGACCCACAAGUUGCAAAUUGCAGCAUUUAUAAUUUCUAUGUGUGGCUUCACUAUUACUCUGUCCGAGACACACUCUUAGGACCAGGCCGUCCUUUCACAGCAAUAGAUUUCUCCCAUCAAGGACCUGCCUUUGUUUCUUGGCACAGGUAUCACUUGCUGCUACUGGAAAGAGACUUGCAGCGGAUGAUUGGCAAUGAGUCCUUUGCAUUGCCUUAUUGGAAUUUUGCAACGGGCAGAAACGAGUGUGACGUGUGCACUGACCAACUUUUUGGAGCAUCAAGAACAGACAACCCAAGCCUCAUAAGUCAAAAUUCAAGGUUUUCACAAUGGGAGAUAGUAUGCAACAGUUUGGAUGAUUAUAACCGCCGUGUGAAAUUAUGUAAUGGAACCAAUGAAGGUCUUCUCCAGAGGAGCCCAUUUAGCAAACCUGGUGAUCAGCUACCAACCAUGGAAGAUGUUCAGAAGUGUCUCUCUCUUCAAGAUUUUGAUAAGGCUCCUUUCUUUCGGAAUUCUACUUCUAGUUUUAGGAAUGCUUUGGAAGGCUUUGAGAAACCAGAUGGGACCUUGGACAUUCCAGUCGUGAGUCUCCAUAACUUGGUUCACUCUGUUCUGAAUGGAACGGGUGCUCUCCCUCACUCAGCAGUGAACGAUCCUGUCUUUGUGGUCCUCCAUUCCUUUACUGAUGCCAUUUUUGACGAAUGGAUGAAACGAUUUCGCCCUGCUGACUCUGCGUGGCCUCAGGAGUUAGCUCCUAUUGGUCACAACCAGAUGUUCAACAUGGUGCCUUUCUUCCCUCCCAUCACCAAUGAGGAAAUGUUCCUUCCUGCAGCAGAUUUUGGCUACAGCUAUGCCAUUGAACUGCCAGAUCCAUCUGGAGAGGCCCGUGCUUGGGCACUUAUGGCUGGAUCCACCAUCGGGGGAUCUCUGAUAGCUUUAGUUGUGUUGGUCCUACUUCUCGUCCUGUUUCAGCAUAGGAGGCACAGGAAGGGAUUUGAGCCUCUAAUGAAUGCAAGGUUCAAUAACAAAAAAUACACCGAAGAUCCUUAAAGAGGAUAGUGUUUUUUCAUGGUUUAUCACCAAGAAUCAACCUUGAGUCAGACGUUGGCUAAUAUAAUAAUGAUAAUGAUAAUGAUAAUGAUAAUGAUAAUGAUAAUAAUAAUGCAGUUCUUGGCCAGCUGCAUUACAUUGACUGUUUCUGCUUUAGUGCUGGGGAUUCCCUUGGAAGAUUAACACUGUGCAGAUAUUUUGUGAUGUCAUAGGUGGACAUCAAAGGUGCUAAGAUUUGACCUACACAUUUAGAACACAUGUUGUCAUAAACCACACACAAUACUUUAGAUCAGAGUCAGUCAACUUUGAAAAGUCCAUGGGUCAGUUUCCUACCCCCUAGAACUAUCAUGGACUGUAUUACCAUCCUGCCCAAACCAGGCAUAUGUAGGCAUCAUCUUCUAAUUUCAAAACUCCCAUCUUUUUUCAACCCUUUAAAGCAGCAAUUCCCAAACUUUGGUCCUCUGGGUUUUUUUGACGUCCACUUUCAAAUGUCCUAGCUGACUUGGUCAAUAAUUAGGAAUUCUAGGAAUUGAAAAACAUCUAGAGGACCAAACUUUAAGAACCACUCCUUUAAGACAAAGCAAGGUACACAGGAGGGGACAUGACCUUGUUUCAAAGAAGAAUUAAACUAUUUUAACACAAUAAUGGAUUUAGCGUGUGGUAGGAUUCUACAGAAAUGGAUUGGGCUGCAAUUCAUCCAUCUGUGCUUUAGCUCCAUAGCACUGGAAUGCGAUAAUAAUAGGGGAAAGCACAGUUUUUAUUCCAUGCCCUCUUCCUGUUAUUGCCCUUUCAACAUUUACUUAGCACAGUGUGCUAACUGUUGGACAGAACAUGUCCCCAGAGCUUAAACAAUCACUUCCUUGGGUAAAACUGUAAUCAGUGCUACUCCCUUUCUCUACAUUUAGCCAAUUCUGAGUAUUGAUUAUGUUGUGUUUUACCAGACUCAGCAUUGUUUUCCUUCUACACAAAGAGUGAUCCAUAAAUUCCUGUGUGCAGUAGUGCAUUUGGAUGCAUGUUUGUAAGAACAUGGCUACCAAACAGGUUGCCACUGGUGUUGUCAGCUUCAAUAGCCACAGGCAUUUGUUGGAAGGUAAGAGAGGGCACGUCCAGACAGCACAAAAAUGCAGGUUUUAAAUGGAGGACAAAACAAACAAACAAGCAAACAAAAACGAGGGACCUGAGAACAUGUUCCCACACAGACCUGUGGGUCCUGGAAUUUCUUCCCCUGCUUCCUCUGUAUGGGAACAAGAUGGAGGGCGGAUGGGAGACAACUGACAGAAGCUUCUUUUUAUUUAAAAAAUCACUUUGUUAUGUACUGGACCCUAUAUAUGCACAUGUGUAUAUCGUAAUAUAAAUACAAGCAGAUUUGCAUGUGCAUAUAUGAGGUUUAGCACACAACGGAGGGAAUUUUAAAAAAUAACUUCCACCGGAUUUAUCUCUUCUCCAAUUGUUUAUUCAAGCUCUGUUUAAUAUUAAUAUUAAUAAAAUAAAGAGUUUCCGAGAGUUCUAAUUACUCUCCAUUCAAGCUUCCUUUAAAUCUGCCGUGUGUCUGUUUCACUGCCCAAUCAGCUGAUCAGCUGUUUCAGGUUUUUAAAAAGUGGACAUGUGCUGGAGCAGUCUCCACAAGGGACAGGGAAGGAAAUCACAUGUUUUUUGUGAGUGCAGGGAUAUACAACGAUGCAAAUAUGCAUACUUUCUGGCCAGAAUCGGGAUAAAAGGGGACCUUUUACCCUUUGUUUUUUGUCCGUUGCUGCGAAUCAGCAUGGAUUUAUUGCUAGUAUCAUGUAGUCACCUCUCUUUUAACUUAGAAAAUCCUGUGUUUUAGGUGCUGUGUAAAUGGGCUCUCCGCAAGCCUUUCUCAGCAAGCAAGUAAAGCAAUACUUAUUGCCUUGCUAUUUACUGAAUAUUGCAUGGUCCCUGGAUCCCACCUCUAUGAGUCGGAAGCAGUUCACCAGUUCUUCAAAGCCUAACACUUUUUUUUUACAAAAAGGGUGUGAUUUUCAGGCAAUUUAUGUUCUCAAAAUUUAUGUUCACAGAAAGUCCCUCAAAGCACAUGAAAAUGUGCAAAAAUACUCCCAACUUACAACAAAUCUCUGCUACCUCCAUAUGCCCUGCUCUUAGGUAUUCACGUCUGAAUGCCCCUGUUUCCUUAUAUGGUUCCUCUUGAAAGGGUCUCUGGAUCUGACACAAUGUCUUUUCUUACAACAAUUUUUUUUUGGGGGGGGAUAGAAAUAUUUGGCAUAUACUCUCUCUCCCCCCUCCCCAAUCUCCUCCCCUUUUCAGAGGGGAGUAUAAGCAGGGAAAUUCCCUUUGGCCCACAUGCAAUGGUCUGUUCCAUACUAUGCUACAUCAUGCACUCCCAUAGAACAUACAUGAAAGCUAACUCUCCCAAAUAUCAAUUAGGAGACAUAAUUGUACCCAACAUAGGUGCAGCUCCAGGUGGUAAGUUUUCCUCCAUACAUGUUGCACCUAUGGGUAUCCCAUACUUUUGUAGCGAUAGGACUCAGUAUGGAUGUGCAGUGUCCACCUGUGGCAGGGUGCUUUUCAUGUGCAGCUAGUCAUUGCUUGGUAGUGAAAUGGUUUUGCCAAAAUUUGGGCCAGAGUCAAUUGUGUGUUCUAACUCAACCACUCCUAUUGAAAACAUUGGGCCUUCCAUAAGGGGCAACAUAAUGAUUCCAGUUUAUUUCAGUGGGCCUUCUCUAGUUAGAGAUGACAAAUGUAUUUAUGCCAAUGUUACUCAUUGCAUGCAUUCAUGUACAUGUUAUAAAAUACGCUGUGAUAUCUGUAUUAAAUCCUUCUCUAACAGAUCUGUAGUAGUUUUACAUCAGAACACAAUGUUAUUUUUCCCCCAAAGGCCUUUCACUGUUGUUGAUGCUUUUAGUCAUUGUCUCCUGGGCAGAGAUGCUAUUAUGCUAAUAGAAAUGUAAACAGUGUCUCUUUUUCCUUUCUCACAACUCUGACUCAUUGAAUAAAAUUGACUAUCUCUAAA